AUGGGAAGCUACGAGCCUACUGUCUGCGAACAGAAGCAGACUUUCAAGACGCCAUGGAUCGAAACUCCUCUGGUCGAGUCGGCCUGCCUUUCCCGGGCUGCUGGCUGUAGGGUUUUUCUGAAGCUCGAGAAUGUGCAGCCCAGUGGCUCCUUCAAGUCUCGUGCAAUGGGCAACCAGAUUCUUUCACACCUUCACAACCCAGAAAACGCCGGCCGCCCUGUCCACUUCUACGCUUCGUCCGGUGGAAACGCCGGACUGGCAGCCGUCUGUGCUGCCCGAAGCCUGGGCUACCCAUGCACAGUCGUGGUGCCCCUGUCCACAAAGCCCUUGAUGGUGGACAAACUCAUAGCAGCCGGUGCUGCGGACGUGAUCCGCCACGGCGAAAACUUCUUCGAGGCCGGUUCCUACAUGAAGGAGGUGAUCAUGAAGAAGAGCUCCGGAAACGACGAGAACGUGGCCAAGAUUGCCCUGCACCCAUUCGACAACGAGCCUAUCUGGCAAGGAAACAGCACUAUCAUUGACGAACUAGAGAAGCAACUGCCCCCGGCGGCCAACGCCGAGGAAGAGGAAGUUUACCGCGGGCGGGCGCUCCCUCUGGAUGCUGUGCUAUGCAGUGUCGGUGGCGGCGGUCUCCUGAAUGGCCUGGUCAUGGGCCUUGAGAAACGACGACCCAAGAAGCUUCAGAAUGCCUCUUCUACUCCCAAGCCUAUCAACAUCCUCGCCAUCGAAACGGCCGGCACCGACUCCCUAGCCGCCGCCAUCGCCCACAACUCCCUUGUCUCCCUCCCUAAGAUCACAUCCCAAGCCACUUCCCUCGGUGCCAUCCGGGUAUCGGAAACCACCUUCCAAUAUGCCGUUGCACCCCCACCGGGGAUCAAGGUGCUUAGCACCGUCCUCACCGACGCGGAGGCUGCACGAGGCUGUCUCCGUCUCGUCGAUGACGAGCGAUACCUAGUCGAGCUUGCCUGUGGCGUUUGCAUCGAAGCGGCCAUCGGCGAUGCAGCCACCACUACUCCUACCCCUGCUUCGGCGAACCCCGUGGCCGGGGGCCAAAGCACCCACAAACGAAAGAGGGGAUCGAAGGAUACUGGCUACCGCGAUGAAGGUUACGGGGAUGACCGAUUGUCGUCGAAUGAGAACGAGACCGACGUCGAGCCUGAGCCGGAGGUCGGCGACGUUGCCAUGCCCAAGUCGCCGGCGUUCAAGUCGAAGAUGAAGCAGCUUAUCCCCGACCUCAACGAGAACAGCCGGAUUGUCAUCGUUGUCUGCGGAGGGUCUAAUGUCACCAUCGAGACCGCUGGCGAGUGGCGCAAGCUGCUGGCCGAAGGCUGGGUUUGA